AUGAAUUUAUGAACAUGUAUAAUAUCCACCGUAAUAGCCAUCAUCACUUUGAUUCAAACGCAUCUAACUUGAAUUUAAGAAUAUUCAUUCAUUCACAAUGAAGAUAGUUGCAACAACAAUUUCCCCUCAAAAUCGAAAUUCACUAUUCAUAUCUCUUCUCCUAAUUUUCAUCUUCUGUUUCUCACCACUUCCUGCCAAAUCUAUUCACCCAAUCACUGAUGUUCAAGUUAGGAAUAACAAGCUUCAAUGUUAUACUGAUAUUGACAGUGGAUUGUGGGGUUCGCAAUGCAAAACAUCGAUGAUAGCAAGGGAGAAUUGUGCUCUGCGAUGCCUCUCACCAUCUUGUUACGAACUCAUCUACGAGAGUGAUCCGCUUGAAGAGGGCGAAAAGGACUUCAUUCGGAGCCAAGAAUACAAAUACUGUAUGCAUAAGUUGUCCUUGGGAGAGAGCCUAGAGGGUGUUAAGGGUGCCUUUGGCCACUAAUCAAUGCAAAAUUUCUGAAUUGAAGGCGAGGUUUCAGCGAAUAUAUGUGCCCUCAUCAAUUUUAUUUAGAUUAAAUUAAGGAGAUUCAAAUAUAUGUUCUUGGAAAUCCAGUAUAUGCUAGAAGAAUGUCUUAGUUUUGUACCCUUAAGACUGAGAUAUGGUAUUAUACAAGUUGCUUUGUCCCUUGUACAUUUUUUGCUAUGAAUUUAAUGCAGCAAUAAUAUAUAGCUUA